UCCAACAAAACUCCACCAUCAUCAAGCAACAAGGAGGUUGAUAUAGCAACACAAAUUACAGAAAAUGAUUUACAUACAUACUUAUCAAAUGAAUCAUUUUAUUUUCUGAUAUGUCCAAAUUCCUAUCUUAUAUUGAUAUCAUUGUUUUUAAAUAAAAGUAUUUUACUCCAUCCGUAUGACUCAGUAUACUGUAAAUCAGUGGAACAGUGCAGUCGUUUACUCUUACAGUCCUCAACAUGGGUGUAAAGUGCCAAAUAUUAUUAGACAGAACUGAAGAUGGUGUGUUCAAAGCAGGAGAACUAGUGACAGGAACAUUGAAAUACUUCAUAGACAAACCAACGCAGUACAAAAUAAUAUCCAUGUGCUUUCUAGGAAAAGGAGAAUGUGAGUGGACUGAAACUGAUUCUAAUAAAAACACCGUUUAUUAUAGGAAUGAAGAGAAUUAUUUGAAUCUGACAGUUAAUAUAUUAAGUAACAGAGAAGAUUUUAUAUCAGGUGGUUUUGAGUACCCAAUCCGAUUCUUGCUGCCUAUUGAUAUACCGCCGUCCUUUAAUGAUGACACCUGCACCAUAGAAUACAAAAUCACGGUAUCAUUCAUGAAGGCAAACUCUAUGUUAAAGAAGGAGUUUGUCGUUGAAAUACCUGUGACCAGCUACGUGAACCCAUGCUCACUGGAACCAAUGAUAUUUGCUUUGAAAAAAACCCUCUCUUUUAGGAUAAACAACAAAAUUAACGUGAAAGGUGAAAUAAUUAAAACUUGUAUAACUCCUGGUGACAAUAUUCAUAUGAUAGUUACAGUGAAUAACGGUUCAAAUCUAGUUGUAUUUAUAAAAACUGAACUUAUUAAACGUUUGACUUAUAUAUCAAGCUGUAAUAAUAAGGAACAUAAUGAAGAAGUCAUAAAAAAUACAAGUACAAUAGCUUCUGUAGCUGCAAAUGGAGUUGCAAAUCUUGUAUGUGUAGUCCCGACAUAUCAUAAUCUAUGUUCCAUACAACAUACUAAAGUGAUGACAGGUGAAUACAAAAUCAGGCUUACAGUUAAAGUGCCUUUUCCUCAUAUCAAUGCUGUGUUAGAUAUACCGGUGGCUAUUGGUCCAAGAAAACAUGAGUUCAUAGCACCAGCUGCAGUUUACUACCAAUAUAAUAGAGAACAACCAUCAUGUUCAGUAAUGUCUGCAUCUAAUGAUAAUUAUGCGAACAAUGAUCAAAGCGAGGAAUGUUCUGCAAAAUACUUAAAUAAAGAUGUUGAGAUCGAUAUGCAAAAAGUCAAUGAAGAAAUAGCAGAAUUUAAUAAUAUCCCACUUUUACAAAACAAUGAAAGAUUUAAUGACAAACAUGUCGAUUGGCUUGAAUCAAAUGAGGACAAAGAUUUUGAAGAGUACGAUAAUCACAACAAAGAACUAGAAGCUAGGUGAAAAACAAAGAACCUUUAUUCGGAAAGGACAGACAGAGAUUAAGAUAAAGUAAUAAAUAACACUAAUGUCAGAAUAGUAAGAUAGACUGAUGUUAUUUUAAGUGUAUUA